AUGAACGACCUCCUCACUGUUCUCAUGAACUAUUUCAACACUGUUCUCAUGAAUGACCUCCUCACUGUUCUCAUGAACUAUUUCAUCACUGUUCUCAUGUAUGACCUCCUCACUGUUCUCAUGAACUAUUUCAUCACUGUUCUCAUGUAUGACCUCCUCACUGUUCUCAUGAACUAUUUCAUCAUUGUUUCAUGUAUGACCUCCUCACUGUUCUCAUGA